UUCAAAAAUAUUAUAAUUUUUUCUAUAUUUAUAAGCUAGCAUUCAAGAGUAAUACAACUCUAAUUCUACUUCUAUCCACCAACCUCGUACAAAACACAACACCAUCUAGCUACAAUGGAUUUAGAUUUAAGCAGUUUAAUAAACGCCACAACAAUUGCACUCCUAAUUUCUCUAAUUCCCCUAUGUUUAUUUCUAUUUGGACUCUCAAAAUUUUCUCACAGCAAAAACAAAGAAGCACCCAUAGCUAAAGGUGCAUGGCCAAUACUUGGUCACCUCCCAAUUUUUAGUGGCAAACAACCACCCCACAGAGUUUUAGGUCCAUUAGCUGAUAAAUAUGGACCAAUAUUCACUAUCAAGCUUGGUUCUAAACAUGCUUUAAUACUUAACAAUUGGGAAAUUGCCAAGGAAUGUUUCACUACACACGACAUGGUUGUUUCGUCUCGUCCCAAGCUCAUUUCAACCGAACACUUAGCCUAUGGAGGAGCCGUAUUUGGCUUUGGACCUUAUGGUCCUUAUUGGCGUGAACUUCGCAAAAUUGUAACCUUAGAGAUCCUCACCAAUCGUCGAAUUAUUCAACAACAACAUGUUCGUGUUUCUGAAGUUCAAACAUCAAUUAAAGAGCUCUUCGAUGUUUGGUAUAGCAAAAAGAAAGAGUCAUAUCCGUCAAACUAUAUGUUGGUGGAUUUGAAGCAAUGGUUUACACACCUAACAUUUAAUAUGGUUCUUCGAAUGGCUGUUGGGAAGAGAUAUUUCGGUGCAAAAACUAUUGUUGAAGAAGCUCAAAGAAGUGUGAAAGCUUUGAAGGAGAUUAUGCGUUUGUUCGGGGUAAUCACGGUGGGAGAUGUUAUUCCUUGUUUAAAAUGGUUUGAUUUUGGUGGUCAUAUGAAGGCCAUGGAUGAAACUUCUACGGAAAUGGACGAAAUUUUAGGUGAGUGGUUGAAGGAGCAUCGCCAUAAAAGGACUUUGACUGAAAAGGCUGAUGAUCAAGAUCAAGACAUCAUGGAUGUGUUAAUUUCAUUGCUUGAUGGAAAAACCAUGGAAGGGUUUGAUUGUGAUACCAUAAUCAAAGCAACAAUAUUGACAUUAUUUAUCGGAGGAAGUGACACAAGUAGUGUUACUCUUACAUGGGCAAUAUGUUUACUAUUGAAAAAUCCUCUUGUAUUGAAAAAAGCAAAAGAAGAACUUGACACUCACGUUGGCAAAGAAAGGCUUGUAAACGAGUCGGAUAUUGGUAAGUUGGUAUACCUUCAAGCUAUAGUAAAAGAAACCCUAAGAUUGCAUCCACCAGGUCCUCUCGCCGCACCUCGUGAAUUCUCAGAGAAUUGCACUAUUGGUGGUUACCAUGUUAGAAAAGGAACUCGGUUAAUGCUAAAUCUUUGGAAGAUUCAAACUGAUCCUAGUGUUUGGUCAGAUCCAUUAGAGUUCAAACCAGAAAGGUUUCUUACCACUCAUAAAGUUGUUGAUGUUAGAGGUAAUCAUUUUGAACUACUACCAUUUGGAAGUGGUAGAAGGAAGUGUCCUGCAAUAUCUUUUGGACUUCAAAUUGUGCAUUUCACUCUAGCAAGUUUUUUGCAUUCCUUUGAUAUCUUAAAUCCAACACCCGGACUUGUUGAUAUGACUGAAGAAUUUGGAUUAGCAAACACCAAAGCUACUCCACUUGAGAUUCUCAUUAAACCACACCUGUCUCUCAAUUGUUAUGAAAUGUUGUGAUUAUUGUUAGAAAAUAUUUGUUAAACACCUCAGAGGUGUAUAUACACUUUGAGAGAGAUACAGAUAUAAGAAAAAAAAAUGAUGUGAUAAAUGUAAUAGGUUGAUGAUAUGAUAGAAAAAAGAUAUAGAGAAAAUGAUGUGUUGAAUGAGUAUAUCAAAAUUUAGGGAGUCUCUGAAUGUCAUUGUUGGUCUUUCUAUAAUUCUUGGUCUAUUGUCAAUUAUCAAACUAUUUAUCCUAUGUAAUGUAUUGUGUGGGUGUUUGUUUAUUAAUUUGAUAUUUGAUAGAGAGAA